AUGAACGCGCUUCCAGAUCUCAAAAUCAAAGUCUUCCACCAGUUCGCAGACGAAGAGAAACCAGACACGCCGUAUCGCAUCGAAGGCGGGGAAGGCGACUCCGACAGCGAGCUCUCGUCCAAAUCAUCCUCAGCACCAGCAUCGGAGAGCGGGGACGCCGCCGCCGCCGCCGCCGCCGCCGAGGACGAAGCCGGGUACGCACACUCGGCCAUCGCCGAGGAUACACCGUGGAGGGACUUUGUGGACGACUACUGGGAGGUGGACGCGGCGCAGUACGACCGACUGUCGACGCCGUCGCCGACGACGGCGCAAGCGGAGGAGGGGGAGGAGGCGUUCGCGCGGCGGAUCGAGGACCGCAGGCAGCUGGCGGAGACGCUGCAGCGGGCGGAGAACCGGUCGCCGAUCGAUCCGCUCCUGAAUGAGUUCGACGCGAGCAUCGACCGGUACGAGCUGGCGGUCGCGCUCCUGCAGGCGGCCGACUACAUCGACGAGGGCCAGGACUACGCGGCCGAGCAUUACGUCGAGGAGGCCAUGGUGCCGGCUCGGAGGCUCGAGGACGAGACCGCCCUGGCGCGCUGCCUCUACUGGCAGGGCCGCGUCGAGUACCUGCGCGAGAACUACGCGGACGCCCAUCGGAUCUUCCAGAAGUGUCGCGCCGGGCUGGCCGAGACGCCCGAGGGCGAGACCAUUAUCCAUUACCUGCGGCUGUCUAGGCCGGACCUGACCGCUGAGGAUCGACAUCGGAUCAGCCUACGCGGGCUGGAAGGGGGUGAUGAUGGGAUGUAUACGCCCUUGUCGUCGGAUCCGGCGAGUCCUGUGUUCAUGAAAUCCCAUGGUCUUCCCACGAACGCGAAGCGGACUUGGGAAGACAGUGCUCGCAGGGAGACCCAGGAGGACAUGGCGCAAGAGGCUAACGACGAGCAGCGGGAAAUCAUUCACCCCAGAUCACGCUGGCGGUUCGCCGCUGAAGAGUUCGAUCCAGACGGACUUCAACUGCACCGCAGCCAGAAAGUGUUCACGUUCGAGAUGUAUCCGCAGGGAAUGGCGCCCCGGGCUCGACCGACCAAGAUCUUUCAGGAGCAUCCCAACGAGGUCCUGAUGCCGGAGGACGAUUGGAAAGAGAUCGACGAGUUUAUGCAGGACAAGCGUGUCACCAUGAAUUUCCUGGAAAAUGAAGGGCGGAACUACCAAGAAGCGAUAAAGAGGAAAAGUCAAGCGGACAGCAAACGCCAAGCUCCUUGCACCGUCAUGUAG